AUGGAGACGGGAAACCACACGAGCGCCUCCCAGUUCAUCCUCCUUGGUCUCUCCAGCCGGCCUGAGAGGCAGGAGCUGAUCUUCGGGCUCUUCCUUCUCAUGUACCUGGUUGGGGUGGCCGGGAACCUGCUCAUCGUCCUGGCUAUUGGCUCGGACUCCCGCCUCCACACGCCCAUGUACUUCUUUCUCAGCAGCCUCUCCCUGGUGGAUGUCUGCUUCAUUUCCGCCACAGUCCCCAAGAUGCUUGCGAACAUCCAGACACAGACCCGGUCCAUUUCCUACGGCGGCUGCCUAGCCCAGAUCUACUUCUGCAUUUUGCUUGCUAACAUGGACAACUUCCUCCUGACGGCCAUGGCUUAUGACCGCUACGUGGAGAUAUGCCAGCCCCUGCACUACUCCACGACGAUGAGUCUGCCAGCCUGUGCCCUGAUGCUCGGGAGCGCCUGGCUCGUUGCCAACCUCCACUCCCUGCUGCACACCCUCCUCAUGGCCCGGCUGGACUUCUGUGCCAGCAACGUCAUCCCUUACUUCUUCUGUGACCUUGUUCCCCUGCUCCAGCUCUCCUGCUCCAACACCCUGCCCAAUCAACUCAUGAUUCUGCUAGUGGGGGGCCUGAUCGUCCUCAUCCCCUUCCUCAGCAUCCUCGUCUCCUACAUCCACAUUGUGUCUGCUGUGCUCAGGGUCCCAUCUUCCCGGGGAAAACAGAAGGCCUUCUCUACCUGUGGCUCCCACCUUGCUGUGGUCAUCCUCUUCUAUGGGACCAUCACAGGGGUCUACCUGAGUCCCUCACCCUCCCACUCGGCUGACAAGGAUUCACUGGCUUCAGUAAUGUACAUGGUGGUCACCCCCACGCUGAAUCCCUUUAUCUACUGCCUGAGGAACAAGGACAUGAAGGGAGCUCUGUGGAAACUGGUCAGUGUAAAGGCUGCACUCCAUGGGCUAUGA